AUGUCGAUCAUGUUAGUCCAUCUAUUUCGACGUGGUCACUUGCUUCCGGUGUUGGCGAGGAGCAUCCACCGCAGUCCUGUUUGCCUUGGAAAGGUCAUUCCCUUCAAGCUUGCCGACGUAGGUGAGGGAAUCGCGGAAGUUCAAGUGAAGGAAUGGCAUGUCAAAGUCGGUGACCAUGUGAAACAGUUCGACAAACUUUGCGAGGUUCAAAGUGACAAAGCGGCGGUGACGAUUACGAGUCGCUUCGAAGGAGUCAUCAAAAAGCUUUACUACGACGUGGAAGAUGUGGCGAAGGUGGGUUCGUCGCUGCUGGACAUUGAAACCAAUGCGGAAGAAGGCCAAAAGAAACCAGCAGUAGUCGCACAGUCGUCACAGACUACCACAGAAGCGGAACCAGUAACAGCACCAUUUGGAACUGAAGGUUUGCUGACGAGACCCCUUCUGACACCGGCCGUCAGGCGCCUUGCCAAAGAGAAGCAGGUAGAUGAUUUUGGCCUUUGA